AUGGAAAUUAUCCCCUACUCAAGUGCCAUAAGAUCUGUCAUGUACUCCAUGAUAAGCACAAGACCCAAUCUUUCAUUUGCAAUAUCAUUACUAAGUAGGUUUAUGUCAAAUCCAGGAUUAGAACGUUGGGUUGCAUUAAAAUGGCUGCUUAGAUACAUUAAUAGCACAAUGCAUGUUGGAUUAGACUUUUGCAAAAGAAACUCUACACUUGAUCUUGUUGGGUAUGUAGACUCUGAUUUUGCAGGUGAUCGAGACUCAAGGAAAUCCACUACAGCCUAUUGCUUCACCUUAGGAGGAAACUGCAUCAAUUGGAAAUCACAACUACAACCAUUGGUUGCACUAUCCACAAUAGAAGCUGAAUAUGUGAUAGUGACUGAUGCAUUUAAGGAGGCAAUAAGGUUGCAAGAGAUCUUGAAAGAAGCAAGUUUGAUGGAUGGACUUGUGACUAUGUAUUCUGAUAGUCAAAGUGUCAUUCAUCUAAGUAAAAACCUUGUAUAUCAUUAG